AUGGUUCUCUCGCUCUUUCUUUUUGUUGUUUUCACAUACGCCUGUGACAAAGGACUGUAUGAAAACAAUGGGAAGUGUACUUCAAUGUGUGGCGAUGGUAUUUGGGUGGAUGGGGAACCAUGUGAUGGAGGUGUUGGGUGUAUAGUUGGAUGUGUAUGUGCCGAUGGGUGGGUAUCCAAGGACAAUGAGUCAUGUACGCCGCAGUCAAAUAGUCUGACUGUUGGGUUUUCCUUUACUUUAGAGCUUGAGAAAGAUUCCAUUCUUCGUGAACGACUGUUCCGAUAUGAAAUAGAGAGUGAAAUCAAUGAAGCCUUUAAUACUGAAUUAUCGUAUACCUCUCAAAUAACAAUGCCUUCCGAAGCGGUCAAAGUCAAACAAUUGACUGAAGAACAAGCCAACUCAAAAACAAUUCCAAUCGAUUUCGCUUUACGUGGAACGGAUAAAGAGCUUCCUGCCUAUAUAGCCACCUUCACUUCGAUGAUUUCCAAUUAUUCAUCGUCUUGGUUCUCUCAGAAUGCCACAUUCAUAAGAAACAUCGACUUGAUUAAACCAGUGACAACACAGUAUAAUGUCGACUUCUCUCAGUACUCCAGCACUUCUGCACUUGUUAUUUUAGCUCUUUCUCUUCUCCUUUUAGUUCUCAUCUAA